GAAAGCCAUGUGUGGGACAACAGACGGUCACAAGGAGCAGCUUUUACGCACAGGAGCUCUCGGUUGUUUACGGUUCAAUAAUAACUCUUGAUUAAAAGACGACAUGCUGCUGCUCGGCUCUGUCGCUCCCUGGAUGCUGCUGGUCUUCCUUGGUCCGCAUCUGUCUCUGUCCUCCGCGUCUGUGCGCAGUAAAACUCGUGGAGCGGACCGCAGCGUGGUGCCACAGCCCGGCAGAGCGCAGAGGAGCGAGAACAAGGUCGCAGCCAUCGGCGGCGGCAAGUUCACACUCAAGGACAAGAUGCAGUGCACGUGGACGGCGAGGGACGCGAGGGGGGCGGUGAGGCUGCUGGUCAAGUGUGAGAACCCGGAGGCGCGCGUCAAAGGCGGGACCACCGAGAUGAAGUGCGAGUACACCGCCAAACCUCAGAGCUGCCCGGGCUUCCAGUCCGACCCCAAGAGCUUCUGGAAGCAGGUGGCCCGCGCGCUCAAGAGGCUGCAGGGGAAAGUGUGCAGGGAUGAGCGCGCGCUGGUCAAAGCUGGCAUGUGUAAGCGCGCGCCCCGAGAUGCGCAUUUCAAGUUGGACAUCAACAGUGCGGUGAUCUCAGCUCAGUCAGGAGACCUGGAGACCACACCAACACCACCACAGACCCGCACCACCUCCACCACCACCCAGUCCUCCACCCGGUCCUCCAAACGGUCCUCCACCUCCUCCACCUCUGUCAGACCCUCAGCCUGCAGCGGGGGCGCGGACCACAGGAAGACCGCAGAGGAGUACUGCAGCAGCUCCUGGGCCAGUGUUUGCUCCUUCUUCUUCUCUGUCCUGCAAAAUGACUGUUAGUCUCCUCUCAUCUUGUGACUCAUUAUAUAUGUUGUUUCACUGUCACUACAUUUCUAACCUCAGGGUCAAAGGUUAAUAUUAUGAUGCCUUUCAUUAGUAGUGGAGCAACCUCACCUACCCCCCAGGAGACUAUCCUCCAACAAAAACACAACUAUGGGUCAUAGGACCCAUAGUAGGAAUUAUGACUAAUUUUUAAAUAGGCGCCCCCUAGUGGUAGUAUGAAUAACAUCAACCUGGUACCUUCAGUGUGUCAUCAUCAAGUAGCUUUAGGUUGUUUGCUUCGUUGUUGAAGAUUUGUACUUUGGUGUGAAUGACACCUGUUUGACUCCCAUGUUAAACUUUUACAAACACAAUUUUUUUAUGUCACAGUCUGUAACUUACUACUUAGUCCUGUCUGGUUUUUAAACCUCACUAAUACAUGUGCCUGGUUGAGUUAAAAAAUACUGGAGGUGCAGCUAAAAACGUACCUAUUGGUCGUACUCAGGGGUUGACCAAAACGACCCAUAGUUAGUUGCACUGAACUAUAAAAAUACUACAAUUCUUCAGAUUGGUUGGACACAUCCCAGACUGUCCUCCAACUCAACGUAACUAUUGGUGGCAAAUUAUGACCCACAUUUAUGUUUCAGUUGCAGGACAGGUUGAAAACACCAUGUCGAGCGUUGCUAUCGACAGGAAUUGCCAUGUGUUCACUCCCAGCUCCGACUUCCGAUGUAAAUGGCACGCAGUAUUAGAGCGACAAAUUGGCAAGAAUCUACGAUAUACGAUAUAUAUAUAUAUAUAUAUAUCGGAUUACUAUGAGCAAGGACAGGUUAUGUGAUUGAAAAACUGUGCAUUUUAAAGAGAACAAUAGUCUAUAGUGAGAGGACAAAGAUGGGGACAGAGUCUCGUGUCCUAAAGCCGCUGUUAGAGGCUUUAAUACAAUGGAAAAACCACUGUCAAGAAUAUAUUGAUAUAGCGCCUCAAAGAAUAAAAUAUCAUAAUAUUUUAGUGUAUCGAUAUUUUCUUACACCCCAUAGUAAAUAUUCUGUAUAUUUUUCUUUUACCACAAACAUUUGAAACCUGUAGAUGUUUCUUGUCAGAUUAAAAUAUUAAUCUACAGCAUUUAAUGAGAUUAUAAAAUUUGACAGUAUACACAGUACACAGAACUUUAUAUAUAUAAAUGACAAUUAUAUACAUGCUAUUUGCUAUUUUUACCUCAAUCAAGGUUUACUUAAAAGCCAUUUUAUUAGGUACACCUGUUCAACUGCUUGUUAAUGCAAAUAUCUAAGCAGCCAAACACAUGGCAGCCGCUCAGUGCAUGUACACGUGUAAAGACGACCUGACGAAGUUCUGUCUAAGCAUCAGAACGAGGGAGAAAUGUGAUUUAAGUGGCUUUGAAAAUUUCAAACAUGGUCUGAAACAAGAGAAAAUAUGAACUGAAACUGAUCUGAUAUAAUGUCUUGUUAGAAAAUAGUACAUUUAAGUUGUAUUUUUAUUUUUUUACUGAGUAUUUUUUACCGUGAAGAUCCUAAAAACUGUCACCACUGUUGAAGCUCGAUGACAAAAAAAGGAGGAGUCAUUUUCUUCUACCUCUGGUCAACUGUAACAAUCUGCUACAUAAACUGAAUCAUUUCAACAUCUCUGCUUGUAUUCAUAUAUCACAAAUAAAUGGUUUAUAUGUUUGUUGCCUUGAACGUGAAACAUGAGACUUUGAAUGUUGAGAGGAAGGUGGUUGUACAAACACUCGCCAAAGCAUCUUAUCUCAUCUUUUAUUAUUCAGCCAUAAAAUAAAAAAAACAUUAUUUUACUACAUUA